UAUCUUUAAAAAAAAAAAAAAAAUGUUUUGUGCUUGAGCUGUUCUUGUCUAUUUAAUGUUCUGUAUUAUGUCAUGUGUUGUGUGGACCCCAGGAAGAGCAGCUGCUGCUUUCACAACCGCACAUGGGGAUCCUAAUGAAAUGCCGCAAAACAUUAAGUGGAUUUCAACUCUUCGUAACCAUGUUAACGGGACGUGUAAAUUCAUUCACACCAGACAAUGAAGACUCAUCAUGCUCUCUCCCUCCGUCGUGAAAAGACAUCUGAGCGCAUCCAACCACAGUCUACAAAAAUAACACCGGGACCGAGAGGCGGGACAGAGAACAGACUGACAAAACAACAGUGUUUCCCUGCCAUCGCUCUGUGACUGACAGGCGACUGUCCUAUCAACACUAGAAGAUGCAUAUAUCGGUCCUUCUAGUGGGAGAAAGCUAAACGGAGAUUUCUGACUAGCGAAUUUAAACUUUUAAAUAAAAAGAAGCCUAGUUAUGAAGUGGAAAAAGUAGCCGGUUUACAAUGAGUGUUAUUUAGCCGACAGACGGCGCUUAUGGAUAACACUUAUAUAGUUCACAUCUUUUGACCAGGGCCCUGUUACAGAUAGUAACUGUGUGUUCUUCAAGCCUGGCCUUGGAGAGCUAUUUUAAAUAAAUAUAUAUGUAUAUAUAUUUAAAAUUUUAUCUAAACUUUAUUAUUCCCACUACCAGUUCACGUUCCUCAACUUUAUUAUUCCCACUACCAGGUGACAUUCCUCAACUUUAUUAUUCCUGUUCCCAGGUGACGUUCCUGUGCAGUACCAUACUGAACUUUGAGGGUCUGCGGAUGCGGACCCCUGAGGCCCUGAGCAUGGACUCUGCUCUGUUUGAGCUGCUGAAGAGGUGCCAGCAGACCUGCUCCUACGCUGCCCAGUUCAACACCUCCGUCUCCUCCAUAGAGCUACAGCUGCUGCACAGACUGAGCCCGGCGUUGGAGCUGCCCAUCGGCAGCCCUGAUUGGCUAGCUUGUGCCCAGAAGCAGCUGGGUCAGGAGCUGGCUACCCAGGGGUCUGUGCAAGAGGAGCGCGAGCAGCAGCUGGAUGUCGCCACGGAAUCACUGCAGCUAUUGGUGGACAGCAUCAAGGGCAUCCUGUCCAAUCACAACCGCCAGCUGGCUGACGUCAAACACCUUCUGAGGGCCAUGGCCAAGGACGAGGAGAACGCGCUGGCGGAGGGGGAGGAAGUGACCUACGAGGGCAGCGUGCGCCAGUUCCUGUUGGAGUAUAAGGCGUGGCAGGACAACGUGCAGAUCGUGCUGUUCACUGUCGUCCAGGCAACAGGCCAGCCCCGAGGGGGAGGAGCCAGUCAGGAGGGGGUGGAGCUACUGCAGGAGAUACCUGCUACCCUGAAGGAGCUACACAUACAGAGCACCAGUGUGUAUAACGGCCUGGUUGGCUUUGCGUCUCCGUUGGUGACAGAGAGGGGUGGAAACUGUUCCAGCCCCACCUCUACAGCUCAGACCAGCUUCGCUGCAGCGGUGAGGUGCAGCGGUGUGAAGACUCAGACGGACUCAAUGUCCCAGAAUUCACGCAAGCUCCUCCCCCGUAACCUUGGCACCCCGGCGGACACCCCCCCCAGCGCUCAGACGAUGACCAGCAAGGGUCUGAAUCCCAGCCCCAAACGGGCUGUACGUGACCCCAAGACGGGACGAGCUGUCCAGGAGAGGAACUCGUACGCGGUGAGCGUGUGGAAGAGGGUGAAAGCCAAGCUGGAGGGGAGAGACGUGGACCCCAACAGGAGGAUGAGUGUCACUGAGCAGGUGGACUGUGUGAUAAAGGAGGCCACCAAUGUGGACAACCUGUCCCAGCUGUACGAGGGCUGGACAGCCUGGGUGUGAAUGGUGUCUCCCUGUGGUGCAUCUCUUUGGUUCCAGCACACAACAGAGCCUCGCAGAGGGAGGGUCAGCCAUCCAACCCAACCUCCAGACCAGACACCCGGAUACGUACAUACCCUGUUACCCACCUGCCCUGUUCUGGCAGGGUUAGGGUUAGGUGUGUCUGUCUGGGCCUGGGGGGUGAAGGAAGGAGAGGAGGAGCCACUGGAGCAGCAGCACCCAACCGUGCCACACGCUGAUGGGGAAGGAGGGGGAGAGGGGGGGGGUCAAGAUACUCCCCCCACCCCGAUAUAACCUCCUAGGGGUCCACCAUGGAACCCCUACUCCCUUCCGUAGCAGCACUAGAGCUGUCUGUCUGCCUGGCUGAUUGGCUGGCUAAACCCAGUCCCACCCAACCUGCCACCUGGCAAUAGACCAAGCUAACACAACCAGCUAAAGGGUCACUCUGCAGUCUGUCUGCAGCCAGAUAUGACCACUCUGCUUGUCUGUACGGGUGGGGGGGGUCUGUCUGGGACAGGAAGGGGAGCAGAGGAAUUGGUAGGGAAGGUAUGGUGAUAAGGCCCUCCCCCUCUACCCUAUGUUUUGAAUAACCUUUACCCUCCCCUAAUGAAAACCAUCACCACCACCCUCCUUCACUGUUACCACCGAUGACAACCCCCCUUUAACAGCUGAGCUGGUUUACCCAGCAAUGCCGUUGGGUUUGGACCUCAUACAAAGGGGCGGAGAAAGGGGAGGCUUUGCCAGGUGUGGUCUGCAGAGCUGAUUGGCUGCGCCUGUUUUUAAACCAAUCUCCUCCCUGAUGGUACAGUGAUUCUGAUUGGCCAGCGACUGAGCUGCGUGAGUUGUGACUGGGCAGGUGUGGAGUGGGAGGGGAAGGGAAGAAUCUGUUGGCUCAAUGGACUCCAUCCAAAGCCUGAGAGGGGAAAUUAUUUCAGGAAAUAAAAUAGUGUAAUCAGACUUUCUGUCUUUUUUCUUUUUUUCUUCUCUCAAACAUUAAUUGUAAAACUGAAGAAAAAAAAUGCUUAUUUUACAAAGCUCUUUAGAAAUUGUUUAUCACACAAGUUGGACAUUAAAAAUGGAUUGUCAAGUGGAGAUGGGGGUAUUUGGGGAGAAAAUUCAGUCGUGUUUUGGGGAGAAGAUUCAGUCGUGUGGCGCUUUUUAUUGAUAUGUUUCGGCACUGCGUAACGAUGUGCCUCAAGUUAACUAAUCCUAUUGUCUGAAGUUACCUCUUUGUUUUUUUGAGGGGAGUUAAGAUUUCGGGAUUGACUGAGAAAGGAUGACAAAGUGGGCAAAGUUCUGGCUAGUUACUAUCUGAAUCUUGGUCUACGUCCCAAACAGCACCAUAUCCCCUAUACAGUGCAAUACUUUUGACCAGAGACAUAUAUGGGUCAAAGGUCAUGCCCUAAAUAGGGAAUAGGGUGCCAUUUGGAAUGCAAUCCUUGACCUCAGAGAAAAUCAUGUAUAAUCCUUUUUCUUCAAUGUGAAUCUUUAUUCAUAUCUGUUGUAUUUUGUAGGCUUCUCUCCUCCCUAUCCCUUGUUUAUAAAAUAGAAAAGCUUAGACUAGAUUGAUUCCUUUUUUUGACUUGCUGCCUUGCCUGUGAGUAGUAGUAGUAGUAGUAGUAGUAGUAGCCUUCCUUCCUAAUAUGGGAUGUAUACUCCCCUUGUGUUUUACUUAUCCUUACUAACUGACCCUCUAGUUUUACCUUUUUAGUGGGAGAAAUAAGUGGAAUAGUGGAUGUUUUUUGGUGGUCGUGCAAAACUGCUAUUUCUUAAAGGUUUUAUUGGAUUUAAGUUUGAAAUAAAAUUGCAUUUAAAAUGGU